AUGACCGAAUACGAUGAUAGCAAUCGUGCCUUUCUCCAGGCGUUCAUGGCACGCUCGUGUAUGACCUUUGAAGAUGCGCAACCCAUCCUGGCUGCGAUAUUAACAGUAUCUGAGGGGCGAACGGUGGAUCCUGAUGAGGUCGGGGAAGACCAAUUCUCCGAAUUUAUAUCCGCGGCUAACACCGCCGUGUCACCCUUCGAUCUCGAAAUCAGGAGCUCACUACCUCAAGUCCUCGAAUCAUCGCAGCAAGAUGCUCCAGCAACGCCACCGAAGCGAGUGUAUGCGCUUGUAAAUACUACGAGUGAUCCUUUGACACAACUCGCAACCACUUAUUCUCCAGACGAGAUCGCGUUUCUUAAGCGCUUGCUUGACCACAUGUUUAUCAAGAAUAACACGCGACUAUGUGAAGGAAUGGCAGUUACCCAGAUGCAAGCCGUCCAACUCCAUAAGGCUCCGUCUAGCGAACGGCAAUCCACGAGCAAUGAGCCAACACAGACCCAAACCGCAGCGGUACAGUCGUUGCGUAUGACCCAAGCAGAAACCAUGAUUAUCCACUUGAUUGAAGAGGGCUGGCUGCAGAAGAGCCGGAAAGGCUUCCUCAGCCUCACACCACGAGCACUGAUGGAAUUGCGGGGCUGGUUGGUCUUGACGUAUAACGACGAGGGUUUCGAUGGCCGACCCAUCGAGCGGAUCAAAUUUUGUGCUGCUUGUAAAGACAUUAUCACUGUCGGCCAACGCUGCGAAAACCGUGAAUGCAAGGGUCGACUACAUGACCAUUGCAUGCGCAACUUCUUCCGCAUGCAGCAAGAAGAAAAAUGCCCCGUAUGCAAAGAGGAGUGGCCCGGCGAUAAAUUCGUGGGCGAGAGAGCCCUUACUGCGAAUCCGAGGCCAAGCAAUGUCGUUCCACGACAGAGGCAGUCUUCAUCUGCUGCGCCUAGUGCCCCUGGCGAAAUUUCCGAGGACGAGAACGACAAUGAAGAACAAGAAUAG